AUGUCGGAUGACGAUUCGAGGGCCAGCACCAGCUCCUCCUCAUCUUCAUCCUCCAACCAACAGACAGAGAAAGAGGCGAGCACGCCUAAGAAGAAGGAGAGCAAAGUCAGCAUGAGUAAAAACUCUAAGCUGCUAUCUACCAGUGCCAAGAGGAUUCAGAAGGAAUUGGCUGACAUCACCCUAGACCCACCUCCCAACUGCAGCGCUGGCCCCAAAGGUGAUAACAUCUAUGAAUGGAGAUCAACCAUUCUAGGUCCUCCAGGCUCAGUCUAUGAAGGAGGUGUUUUCUUCCUUGACAUCACAUUUACACCAGAAUAUCCUUUCAAGCCUCCAAAGGUCACGUUUCGGACGAGAAUCUACCACUGUAAUAUUAACAGCCAAGGCGUCAUCUGCCUGGACAUUUUAAAAGACAACUGGAGUCCAGCAUUAACUAUUUCUAAAGUUCUCCUCUCCAUCUGCUCCCUUCUCACAGACUGCAACCCAGCUGACCCCCUGGUUGGAAGUAUUGCCACUCAGUAUAUGACUAACAGAGCAGAGCAUGACAGAAUGGCCAGGCAAUGGACCAAAAGAUAUGCUACUUAAGUUGGAGUUUUGUCAAACUCUUGCAUUAUUCGUCUGUGAUGGAAAGAGCUGCUUAUGAUUUUGAAGGGGUGGGAGGAGGGAGGGUGCUGGUAAAGAGUAGGGUAUUUCUAUAACAGAUUUUAUUCAGUCUUUUAUUUCCUAAGAUUUUGUUGUUGUAACUUAAGGUAUCUUGCUACAGUAGACAGCUAGAAUUGGGAAUAGCAUAUUUUAAGACUGUAAUUAGUUCAGCAAUAUUAGCUCACAUGUAGUACCAAGAAGAAUGUAAACUUAGACUUUUCUGGUUUUCGGUUUGCUUGCAGUAAGAUUAAAACAGCUUAAUUUUGUACAGGUACAUAUGUUGACAUUUAUGUAAAAGUCCUUUCAAGACUCUACACACUGUUUUUGGGGUUUUUUUAGUUUGUUUUUCGUUUGGGGAUUUUAUUUUGUUUUGGGUUGGAUUUUUUGUAAAAAGAUGUUGGGAUUGUUUUCCCCUAUGGAGGGCACAUUGGUAUUUAACAAAUCCUUUUUAAAGACUGUCAUCUCAUGAUCUGUGAUAUGGCAAAGUGGAUAUAUGGCCUCAUAUAUGAAAUGAGAAGUAGUUAAUGUAUUAUUUUAUAAGCCAAUCUUUCUUUGUGAAAAGAAUAAAGGUUUUAAUCAGGACUUACGGCAACCUGUAGUGAAAUACCUUAAGCUGUUUAACUGUAAGGCGUGGAAUAGGAGUCACUCAGUGGAUUGGUUGUAUGUUGUGGGCUACUUAAAUCUGCAUU